UGUAUAUUAUGAACCGAACCGAAUAAUUGGCUCGACAACGAAAAAGAAGAAUUGAAGUGGGUUUUGGCUUUUAAACGCUUUCUUCUUUUUCGACUGAGAGUCAAUGGCGAACAGCAAUCUUCCUCGAAGAAUUAUCAAGGAAACGCAGAGGCUUCUCAGUGAACCCGCGCCAGGAAUUAGUGCUUCUCCUUCAGAAGACAAUAUGCGGUACUUUAAUGUAAUGAUCCUUGGUCCGUCCCAGUCUCCAUAUGAAGGAGGGGUUUUCAAGUUGGAACUAUUUUUGCCUGAGGAAUACCCAAUGGCAGCUCCCAAGGUUCGCUUCUUGACCAAAAUUUAUCAUCCCAACAUUGAUAAGCUUGGAAGAAUAUGCCUUGAUAUUCUGAAAGAUAAAUGGAGCCCUGCCCUCCAAAUCCGAACAGUCUUGUUAAGCAUCCAAGCACUGUUGAGCGCUCCAAACCCUGAUGAUCCACUCUCGGAGAACAUUGCAAAACAUUGGAAGACCAAUGAAGCUGAGGCUGUGGAAACAGCCAAGGAAUGGACUCGUUUGUACGCUACUGGUGCAUGAUAAUGAGAGUGUUGGUUUCUCACAAGUAUCAUUUCUGCUACAUAUCAAUGCCAGAGCAAGUGUCUAUGUUGGGUCUAAAAUUAGAAACGAAAAAGAACAAAAAAAAAUGAAAGACAAAUUGUCGAAGUUCAAUAUUUCUGGAGUAGACAUUGUCGAAGUUAUGCUGGAGUUGUAAUUUUGUCUAACAGUUCAAAACUGCUGGCUGAUAAUGGUUUUCAUCUCUUGAAAGACCAUCCUUUGAGAAUUGUAUGAUAAAUGCGUGUUUAAUUAGC